CCGCCCUCCCGGGAAACGGCAGCAUAUCGGUUUCGGGGGGCGAGUUUCGAGCAAUUUAGGGUCAAUUCAAACAUGGAGUGUUCUUCUUGCGACCGUGCCUCUCGCUGAUUGCCGCGAACGAGCGAGAUUCGGAGCGACCGAGGAAGAAGAACCAAGAUGUCGUCUUUGGGCUCUCUCAAGUCGCAGAUAUUCGACAGAGAAGAGAGAAAGCAGCAAUACCAAGCUCAUAUCAGAGGUCUCAAUGCGUACGACCGGCACAAGAAGUUCGUCGAUGAUUACGUUACUUUCUAUGGCAAAGAAAGAUCAGCACAAGCUAAUUUGCCAGUUAAAACUGAUCAAGAUACUCUACGAGAAGGCUAUAGGUUUAUACGAACAGAGGAAGAUGAUAUGGAUUCAUCUUGGGAGCAAAGAUUGGUGAAGCGUUACUACGCCAAGCUUUUCAAAGAAUACUGCAUAGCUGAUAUGACGAAGUACAAAAGUGGCAAGAUUGGUCUAAGAUGGAGGACAGAGAAAGAAGUCAUAUCUGGAAAAGGGCAGUUCAUGUGUGGUAACAAACAUUGUGAUGAGACGGAUGGCCUUGCAAGCUAUGAGGUGAACUUUUCUUAUUUUGAAGCAGGGGAAAACAAACAAGCCUUGGUGAAAUUGGUAACUUGUGAGAGAUGUGCAGAUAAGCUUCAUUACAAGAAGCGAAAAGAGAAGGAGUUAAUGGACAGGAAAGAGGAGGAGAAAUUGGUGAAGCUGGCAAACAGUGAAAGCAAAAGAAAGAGGUCCCAGCUUUGCUAUAAGCAUAAUAGAAUCUUACAUUGCCUUUCAGGGAUCAAUCUGGGAUUGAUGAUGAUACAGAUUGUGGAUGUGAAGAGAGAGAAGCAAGCAGGAGGAAAGGGAAAAAGGCUUCUAGUUCGAGGGGCAAGCAUAAAACUGAUGAUGAUGAUGAUGAUGAUGAGAAUUUUGACGAGUUUCUCCAAGGAAUGUUUCCAUGAUAUAACCUGAAGGAAUCAGAUGGUUAAUUUUGGAAUAAUAGAGCGUCUGAUGGCCAUGGUUUAACUGUGCUGGUAUACUUUGUAUGCACUUCAAACUAUCCUUUCUACCAAGUGAAGAAAAUGGUCCCAUAAGACUGCUGUUACAGCAACAUAGAUAGACUGCACAAAACUGUGAAAACUUAGAUAUGUAAAGUAUCGUUGAAGUUUACUUACAUUACCAUAGAUCCCGUGAUUUACAAUGGUAGUAUGAUAUCUACUCGCCCGGAAACCCCUUUCGUUGGUUGUUGUAGAGAUGGUAUUGGAUGAAAUUUCUGGAGUAAUUCCUUUACAAGUCA